UGUUCGACUGAAUGCAGUGUUAUUUUUUUCCCGUUUAAUAAUGCUCACACAAAGAAACUUGAAUCAGAGCGGAACAUAGCUUUCUAGAGCGUGGAAGUGGUGCAUUUAUGAGACUCAUGGCACUGCCUAGCGAAUGGAAAUGCAAGGCACCAAUAUUGAAAGAAAUACUUGAUAUCAUCUGCAAGCAUGACGAAGCUCGAAGAAAACCCAACGAAGAAGCGUGUGGAUCUGGCAAGCAAACUUGGUUUGUCGGUUGCAACACUGAACACCAUCAUGAGCAAGCAUGAAGAGAUUCGCAGAAAAGUGCAAGUCAUCGGUGCCAGUGUGAAGCAAAUAAAAAAUGUGCAGCAUGGAUCAAUGGAAGACAUCCUCCUGGCAUGGUUUAAGAGGUGAGAGCGGCAGGUGUUAACAUUGACGGCAAAUUUUUACAGGAGAAGGCCAAUGACAUCGCGCUGUCCUUGGGUAUUGAAGGCUUCCAAGCUUCUAAUGGGUGGCUGCAUUGGUUUAAGGCCCGACACGGCUUGGUAUUCAAAAGAGUUUCCGGCGAAGGAAAGAAUGUCGACGCUGCGGUCGUAUCAGACUGGGUAUCGACUUUGCCAGCGCUGAUAUCUCAGUAUCGACCACAGGAUGUUUUCAAUGGUGAUGAUGCGGGCAUCUAUAUCAACCUCGAGUCUGAGAAAAGUCUUGGCAUGAAGAGCGAGAUGUGCCAAGGAGGAAAGAAGAGCAAGGAAAGGGUGACAGUGCUUUCCUGUGUCAAUGCUGAUGGAAGCGAGAAGCUGAAGCGCACAGUUAUUGGCAAAUUCUGGAAGCCACAAUGUUUCUCGCGUAAUCCAAGCCUUCCAGUCAUGUACAAAGCCAACAAGAAGGCGUGACUGGUGAUUUUUUAAAACUCAAUUUCUGACAUUGCUGGAUGCCUAAGAUGUCUGCUAAAAACAGAAACAUUCUUCCGUUUCUUGAUAACUGUGCAGUGCACCCGGAUGGUGUUGGCUGGCUACGAAACAUUAAGGUGAUUUUUGUACCACCUAACACCACAGCCCACUUGAAGUCCCUCGAUGCAGGUAUUAUUAGCAAUGUCAAAUUUCAUUUCCGAAGCCUGCCGGUGCGGCGGCUUUCUGCCAAGAUCCACAGGACGGACAGCAACUUGGAAGAUUGACCCUUCUCGAUGCCAUUCACUUUUUGGCGAUGUCGUGGGAUCGUGUCAAGCCAGAAAGCAUCACUAAGUGCUUUAAAAAAUCUGGAUUUUACGGUGCUUGCGACACAUCCAAGUGAUCAGGAAGACGACAUAAUGCUUAGGAUCCUGGAUUGGGAUCACUUGAAUGUGGACGGUUCUUCAGCAGAGAUUGUGUGUGCAGAUGACCAUAUGGCAACAUGCAAGUUGUGCAGUGUGGAAGACAUUAUUGCAGAGGCGACCACUGAAGAUGCCGACCACCAAGAUGAAAGCACGGAAGACAGCGGUGACGACGACCAAGAUGACGGCACCGAAGGAGGUGGUGACAGCUGUGGCAACUGGUGCUCAACUGCUGGCCACACACUCACAUCAUUAGACACUCUUCAGGGCUUCAUCGCAAAUGCGCAGUUUUUGAGUGAGGAAAUGGCGGCUUCAUUUUUUAUCUUUCAAAAGAACUUUUUUAUAGACGUUGAAAAAAAAGUUCAGCAAAAACUGACGAGCUAUUUUAAGGUUGCUCAGUAAAAGUGUGUUGGCUGUGGAUUGUGUGGUGCCGAGUGAUGCUGCUCCACUUAACAUGCGUAUUAUGCAGAGCAGUAUCACUCGAUGCCACAGGAAACUUUGCUAGUGAGUUUCUCACCAUGUCUGUUUUUUUACGUUUUGGAGAUUGCUUUGAAUGAUAUGUUUUACUUUCUGGUUCCCGCGAAGAUUGUAUCAACGAGGUUCCACAGUAACUGGCCUUAAUGAUUAGGACUCCAUCAGAGCGAUCAACACCCGACAUAUGAUUCUCCAGAGGAGCUUCUCCAAUGUCUCAAGCACCUCGAAGAGCUCAGUGGAACCGUUGGCUCCCAGGAUUCAAACCAUCUGAAAGGGAGCGGGAUUCAAAAUCUUGCAGGUCAUGGCAACGGGGGAACCCAGGUAGCAGAAACGACCGUGAACGAGACCUGACAGCACACUCUGUCCGAACCGAAGAGGAAAACCCUCUCCAACAAAAAAGGUGGGCCGUGCUGCGUCAACUGCAACAAAUACGAUCAUCUCGGUCACCCCUUUCUCAACUACCUGAGUCCGCAGGGGAGGGCGAGGUGCAACGUUUGCAAGUGCAUUGGACACGAAGCUCAAAACUGCAAAGGAGAGCGGGCUGUGCCUCUUUCAGAGCAUUGUGAAUCUUAACAUCCGUGCACCGGACGCGGCCAACGAAAAGUAUUUUAUUCUGGCUAAAGCUCAUGGUCACGACUUGAGAGCAUAUGGUGACCGUUGGCAGCCGGUGCGUUACUAUUCGGCGAGAGGAUGCAGACCACAUUGGAAUGAAAUGUCUGGCGAUAGACAAGCCGUUCUCCAUCGGAGGCUACAUAUCAGGAUGUGUGACGCUGUGUGGUGAGGCAAACGUUCACCUCAUAGUCGAUCAAGCAACAGCUGACGUCCCUGUGCUGAUCGUGCCGAACAAGUCACAGGCGAUACCUCUCACCGUGGGAUAGCCCUUCACCGAGCAACCUCAUGUUACAAUUGUAAGGCGACGGAACACCUUUAGGAUCUGCGAGGAACAGAAGAACGUGGACGAGAGUGAUGACACACUGCAGUCCAUUGAAAUACCAGAUCAUUCGAAGUGCCCAGGGUGCCUUUGGGCCAGGGAAUCGACAGUGGUUACACCAAACUAUAUUGGAUUUGUUAAACUCUACGUUACAGGCAGCGAACACAAUGCAGAUGUCCUUGUGGAUGCCCAACUUAGGUGCCAAGAGGGGCGCGAACAUUGCAUGCCAUGUUGCGUCAUCAACGUCGAUACAACCAACGAGACAUGCAUUCCCGUCAUGAGCAUAUCAAACCACGAACUGAGCAUCAAAGCCCACGAGCGGCUAGCGCGAGCGGAAGUCUUCCACCUCAAUGAAGAGCUGAUGUGGGAUGAGAAGCCAAGCUGCAGUGCCACUCAACCUCAUCCAUCGGCGAAUGUGAACUUCAAAACUGGCUCAAGCGUCCCUCCAGAGCAUUGUGGAGAAACUAGGUCAACUCAUCGAGGAGUAUCACGACUCUUCUGCGGACAGCGUUUCAGAGACUGGCCCCAGAAAUGCCGCGGAAAUGAAGAUUGAAGUAACGGCUGAGGUACUUGUAAGGUUUCGCCUAUAUGGGCUUUCCUUUGCGGAUUGAGAGCACAUGAAGGUGGUCAUCGAAGAUUUAAAGCAAGCAGGCAUCGUCGUCAACUCCAAUUCCAACUAUGUGAGUCCUAUCCUUCUGGUGCGAAAAAAGACAGGAGAGCGACGACUUUGCGUCGACUACAGAGCACUCAAGCGAGUGACGAGAAAGGACCGUUGCCCACUGCCAUUAAUUGAUGAUCAGCUCAACCGUCUGAGAGGAAAAUGUCUUUCCACGAGUCUCAACCUUGCAUCAGGCUAUUAUCAGAUUCCUAUUGCAAAGGAGUCCAGACACAAGACCGCGUUCAUCACACCCGAUGGACAUUAUGAAGUCGUCCGUAUGCCAUUUGGUUUGGCCUAUGGCCAAGCAGUAUUUCAAAUAAUGAUCAAUGCCAUUCUUCACCCACUGCAAUACACAGAAGCACUUGCAUACAUGGAUGACAUCUUGCUCCCGACGACAACUGUGGAAGAAGGAUUUGAAUCCCUGCGAAUGAUCUUGGUUGUUCUCUGUGAGUGGCACUGACUUUGCGAUUGAGUGUUACCUAUUCUACGACCGAGUAGAUUACCUUGGCUACGACAUUUCUACGGAAGGUGUGAGACCAGGAAGUCUCAAAAUCCAGAGCGUUGCCGACUUCCUAAAGCCCGCUUACGUACACCAACAGUGUCCACUUUUGGGUCUCAUUAGCUACUUCAGAAACUUUGUUCAGGCUUUCAAUAUUAUUGCAAAACAUCUGACAAAGUUGACGGCCAAGUAUGAGGUCUGGGUAUGGACUACGCAGCACAACGUCGCAUUCGUCGAGAUCAAGAAACGGAUGAUUCAGAAACCUGUCCUGAGAUAUUUUUUGUUCGAAGCAAGAACUGAAGUUCAUACGGAUGUCAGUAGGGAUGGACUCAGAGCAAUACUGCUGCAAGAGCAAGUGAGCGGGGAGUUUCUGGCUUUUGUUUAUGCUAGCCAACUAACGAUAGAAUAUGAAGAAAGGCACCACUCCCACAAACUGGAAACGCUAGCGGUUGUGUGGGCCCUGGAAAAGUUUCGGACAGAUUUGAUCGGACUGAAAUUCACGGUUGUCACAGAUUGCAAUGCUGUGCGAGCAACCUUGAUCAAGAAGGAUCUCCUGCCUCAAAUCGGCAGAUGGUGGCACUGUCGUCAAGAGUUAACCUUCGAUAUUGAGUAGAACACUGGUGUGUUCAAAUCAAAUACCAUCUCAGCAACGGCAAGGUGUUCAAAAAGGUGAAUGAGGGCGAUUCGGCACCACGCCUUCUUUGGGUGGUGCCAAGGUACGCGUGCUGGCGCAUAGUAAAGGCUUGCCAUGACAUCGGACGUUUUGCUGUUGUCAGCAGCAUAUGAGACAUAUUACCCCGCGUCAACUCAAAUGCUGCUCAAAUGCAGGCACCUCGCCACGCUGUCCGUCCUGCCUCUCUCCCCAAUUCGCACAAGGAAUCGGCUAACAAGUAGCGGACGCCACCACCUGCUGUGCUAGCCACCAAGACGUCGCAUUUCGAAGUCCCUCCUCUCCUACUGGGACACCACACGAGGGACUCGCGCUGCUUGAGCAGUUAACACGGACGCGAGAUGAAGAAGAGACUCGAACAAGAACGACGUGUGGGAAACGGCUCUGUGUUUUUAUCCUGUAUUGCGAUAUUUUUCUUUAUUCACGCUCUCGCAUUAAACCAGUUAACACCCCUGUAUUGCGAAUGCCGACAUGGUGCGGUGGACAGGACCGCUAAAUGAAAAGGGAGAUCACAUUCUCGUGUGCAUCGAUCACGCCACAAGAUACAUGGACGCCGUAGCCAUACCAAGCACAUCGUCGCUGCAUUACCUCGACUUCAUGCCAAACAGAUGGAUUCCACGAUUCGGAGUUCUGAGCAUCAUAAUCACCGACCAGGCAAGGAGAUUCGUGAACAAGCGAACCAGCCAGUUUCAUCACAGGCUUGGAAUAACACAUGCAAACUCCCCACCGUACUGGCCGCAGUCAAAUGGCUUGAUCAAACGAAUGGUCGGCACCCUCACGCAACUGCUGUGCAAAAUCAUCAGCAGCAAAGACAUGUGGAAGAAAGAGUAGCCCUGAGCCAUACUUGUUAUCAAGGACACGAAACAUGGUCAUGGCAGUCACAGCCCCUUGCGGCUCAUGCAUGGCUACGAUCAGAAACUGCCGGGAGAACUCAAUUUGCAUCAGCUGAGCAAGACAUUGACGGGUCUCAACGGUUGCACGAACUGGCGAAGGGUCGGGAAGAUACAAGAGAAAAACUCCUACAAAACCAACGCAAAGCAAUGGUCUGGUAUGACGAAAGGCAGCGGAUGCCGAGCAUCCAACCAGGGGAUAUCGUGUUACUCGAACUAAGUGGACUCUCAAUAAACAAAACUCGGUUAAGCGGAAACUACCGAUAAACGGAGCUAAAUAAUAUUAUUUGGUUGGUUUCUUAUGUAUGAAGUCGUAAAAUUCUUCAGUUAAUCGAAACACCACUUAUUUGUUACCUGCGGUUAAACGGCACAAAAGACACUGCACAGGCGACUUUUUGGUUUCAACUGCCAAACUAGUCUCGCAACCAUGAAAUACAUAAUUUUCAUAGCCAACACCGUACUUGGGACAAGCCAAUCCAGUAGCCAGGUCUCGUUUCUUGCGCCAGCAGCUGCAGUGUGUUAGGCCUAUGAGUGUGCCGACUUGCAGCACGAUGGAGAACACGAAGGAAAUGGCUGCAUCAAGCACUGCCGCUUGAAACGAAGCUUCAAAUUCUCCAGGAGCUCGAUGGAAGCGGCCUGUCCAAGAUAGAGGUGGCAAAGAAGUUCGGUACACCCAAGUCGACGCUCUCGCGGAUCUCGAAGAACAAAGAAGCGAUUGAAUGUGCUGUCAAGAAUGGAACCUUUACAUCAAAACGAAUGCGGAUGCGGACGACACCUUAUGAAAAACUGGAAAAGGUUCUUUUUUUGUGGUUUAAGCGUGGGAGGAGUGCGAAUUUCCCCAUAAUGCGGACACAUUUUGGAACAGAAGGCACGAGAAAUAGCGCUGCAAAUGGGCAGUGAAAACUUUGCCGUAAGCGACGGAUGGCUAAGCCGAUUUAAGAAGCGCCUGGCCUCAUUUUUAAGACUAUCUCAGGUGAGAGUGCCGCUGUCAACAGAGAAGUUUGCACUGACAUGGCCACAAGGGCGGCUGCAGGAAAUUUUGCGGAACUAUGAGCCGCGGGACGUUUUCAACAGCCGACUAGAUGGGCCUUUAUUACAAGGUGCUUCCAUCAAAGACUUGCCUUCAAAGGUGAAGCCUGUACAGGAGGACAACGCAGUAAGGAUCGAAUUACUGCACUGGCAGGCGCAAAUAUGGCAGGGGACGAGAAAUUAAAGCUGUUGGUAGUGGGAAAGUCGAAGCACCCACAUUGUUUCAAGGGUGUUCCGAGACCUUCCCGUUACGUACCAUGCUAACGGAAGAGCAUGGAUGACUAUGGCAAUUUUUGAAAACUGGCUACAGGAGGAAGAUGCAAGACUUUCCAAGCAAGGCAGGAAGGUUGUCUUUAUCGUGGAUAAUUGCCCUGCUCAUGGCAAGGUGGAAGGAGUGAAGUCCAUCACUCUUGAAUUCUUGCCAGCCAAUGCAACAGCUGUGAUCCAGCCAAUGGAUCAAGGCGUAAUACAGAACAUCAAAGUUCUUUACCGUAGCCAGCUGCUUCACCGAAUGCUACUUUGCACAGACAAUGGAAAGAGCUACAACACAGAUUUGUUGUUGGCCAUCCACAUUCUGGUCCAUGCCUGGGAACAAGUGGAGGAAACCACACUACAGAGGUGCUUCCACCAUGCAGGCUUUGAAGCACAAGAACAAAUGCUUCAUGAAGAGGAAAUCCCUGCCGACGCCAAUGCUGAUGGCAUAUUCAGUCAGGUAGUGUCCUCUGCCCCUUUUACGCAGCAGGAGUACGAGGCAAUUGAUGAGAAUUUGAGCACCUGUCGCGAGGAGAGCCUUGAGGAACUGACUGCUGAAGCACAAGGCGAAGAUCAACCCUCCUCCAGUGACGAGUGCGAUGACCUUAUUCCGAGUGCAGUGGUGCCAGACAGUGCAGCUAAAGGAGCAGUCGAACUUUUGCAGCGCUAUUUUGAGCGUGAAGGUUGUCCCGAAUUUCUGGCAAGCCUGUCAAGCAGGGGCACCUCAAGCAUGCCAAGCAAACCACAAUUGAUUGCUUUUUCCCUGUCCAUGUAGAUAAGUAGGGGUUAGUACUACUUAAAAAAAGUUGUGCUUCAUGAAACGUGUACUUUGCUUAAAUGAAACUUCUGAUAAAUGGAACACUUUUAUGGAUCUCCUCCAAGUUCUUCUGUUUAAGAGGAGUGCACCGUAGGUGCUCACGGUGCGCGCUGGACGCUCGCUACGAAGGCCCUUUCCAAAUAACGACUCUCACUGGAGAGAACACUACAGCAAUCAGUAGGGUUCUCCACGCGCCCGGCAAGGUCAACGACAAAACAGUCAAUGUAGAGCAACUCGGACGAUAUAAGGAACCUGUCCUAGACACCGCAGAGUUGUUGCCACCCCACAACGCCACGUGCGCCUGAGAACAGGCGCAAUUUUCUGGGGAGCCGUGUUAGCAGUACGAGACAUAUUACCCCGCGUCACCUCAAACGCUGCUGAAAUGCAGGCACCUCCUUCCGCUGUCCAUCCCGCCUCUCUCCCUACUUCGCAUGAGGAAUCGGCUAACAAGCAGCGAACGCCACCACCUGCUGUGCCACCCACCGAGACGCCGCAUUUCGAAGUCCCUCCUCUCCUACUGGGACACUGCAUGAGGGACUCGAGCUGCUCGAGCAAUUAACACAGAUGCGAGACGAAGAAGAGACUCGAACGAGAACGACGUGUUAAAAACGGCUCUGUGUUUUUAUCCUGUAUUGCAAUAUUUUUUUUAUUCAAGCUCUCACAUUAAACCAGUUAAUACCCCUGUAUUGUGAGUGCUGACACUGGACAAAAUAUUGUUGAAAUUGAAGGAAACAUACUGGUUUCCAGGCACAAAGUGUUACGCCAGACAAUAUAUCACCACAUGCAUCAAAUGUCUCUUUCACGAGGUUCCUGCUUGGAAGAGACUGGGCAAGCUGCACAGUAUCGAAUAAGCCUUGGCAAGCCUUUUCACACCAUCCAUAUCGAUAACUUCCAUCCAUUUGUGAGAAGCAAAUCUGGCAAUGCCAACAUACUAGUGGCCGUUGAUCGUUUCAUGAACUUUAUGCUACUACGAGCAGUUCAGAACAGAUCAGCAGGACUGGCCGCCCAGUUUCUUCACGAUGUGGCAAGCAUUUAUGGGCCACCAACCAUGACCCCCAAUUGCAUGAGUACUUUCAUGAGCACCAAAUUCAAGGCCUUCAGAAUCAAGCACGUGUAAAACGCCACUGCGAUGCCACAAGCUAAUGGUCAAGUCGAGCGAUACAAUCACAUGAUUACUCAAACGGUCCCGAGCGUGACACGGACAACAAAGACUGGAACAUGACUUUAUCUCAAAUGCAGUGGGGAAUCAACAAUACGCUUCCCCAAGCUAUGAAGACUACGCUGUUCGGACUGCUGUUCAACUUUAAGCCAUGAAUCAUCAACGGUUACUGCAUGGUUGACACUCUUGCCAAAGAGUUUGACCGUGAAAUGGAGGCUAAGCAAACAUCUGCGGCAGAGAGCAUUUGUGAAGAUCAACGGAAAGAGCAGGCGCGUUCGGAAGCACCGACUUAUGAACUGGGAGAUGUCGUUUUGGUUAAGUGAGAGCCAAUAACGUGUGGCGAGUCAAGAAAACUCAAGAAAGAAUACAAAGGGCCGUAAAUCAUUACAGAAAAACUGGCCAACAACCGAUAUCGGAUCGGGAUGCUGCUCAUUGCACAGAGCGGGAGGAGAGCAUACAGCAGCAUCACACCAGUGGACAAGCUAAAGCUUUGGGGCCAGGGCGAGAUUAAUUUGGAAAGUUCUGACAGUGGUUCCGACUGGAACAGUCGGUAGUUGCAGGAUGGCUGAGUUUGCAUGCUCCUGGUGUGUGAGGUGCUCAAUAGACGGCGCCACCUCUGUGCGAGUGGAGCCACCAGCGGUUUCAGAGGUGGUGUAACUUCAACUUGAAGAAAACGAAGUGAGCCCCCUUUUGUGCGUGUGUAUGGGAAAGAACGAGACAAGAGGGACGGCUACGCAUCUAGCAAGGCGGCGCUUUCCAGUCUCCCCGUCUUACUUUUACCUAAACAAAUGUUCUGGUCAAAGCAACUGGUGUUCCAGUUUUCCUCCAUCUUGGAAAAGCGUAUUUAAAUGUACCCUUAUUACUCAGCGUUUCAAUAAAGAACUUUCUCAUUCUUUCGCACUUGAACGUUUAAAUUUUGUGGUAUCAUCUGGUGAUACCAAAAACAUACCAAGAUGCAAAGCUGUUUACAAAUCUCUACGUAUGAAACAACGGAUAUACAGCAGCAUCACACCAGUGGACAAGCUAAAGCUUUGGGGCAAGGACGAGAUUAACUGGGAAAGUACUGACAGUGGUUCCGACUGGCACGGUCGGUAGUUGCAGGAUUGCUGAGUGUGCACGCGCCUGGUGUGUGAGGUGCUUAACCCUUUGAAGGUUUUUGCCGUAUCUGUACGGCGGCGGUUUUCUGUCCCGCAAGGUCUUUGCCGUACGGGUACGGUUUCGAUCCUCCGUUUGAAAUUUCGCGCCAUAAUGACGAUGCAUGCUCACCGGGAAGUGCUGCCACCUUUUAGGACUUACAAGAAGCGUUUGCCAUUUGUGCUACCUUGUUGCGGAGAUAAACAGAACUGAUUUCUAGCUUCAGCGCGUGCGUCGCGCAGACUGCGGCAGCACCCCUUUCGCGGUUUCGGUUUCGCCGCGUGAUCGCAACGGAGGCGCGCGAAGCGUGAGUUUUCUCUCUGUCGGCACUCUCUUGCGGGGGCGGCGGAAGUUGAUUUCUAUCUUGAUUGUCGCUGUCUUAGCUUGUUUAUCAGCGCCGAUCACGAGGUAUUCUCGCUCUCUGCGGCAACGCGCUUACGCGAGAGGGUGCCUCAGACCUCUGCCCAAGGCAGCCGCACGCAGAGAUGUCAUGUGUGUGCUAACACAACUCGUCACCCCAAGAUGAGAACAGACACGCGUUUUUGGUGUGCAGACU